GGCUCAAACGCGGGGACCAGAACGUAAUUUUCGAUCAUGUUAGAGUUGAGGAGUGCGGACCGACUCGAACGAGGGCUUGAUGAAAAGAAAACCCCCAUAUGAAAGAAGCUUCUCCUUGAUCUUGAACUGGAUUUGGUAAGCUCGCUCACCCACAACCACACACAGAACACCACAGUGACUGCUGUAGAUCCCCUGCAAAAGCAAACAGAUUAGUACGUAUCAGUAUCAAUCAUCAUCAGUCUUCCGUGAUUCUGUCGGGCGAGGGAUUCCAGUGAAAAAUUCCACUUGCAAUUUCGCAGAGGGCUCGAGUGGGAAUAAUUCAAUGAGAUUUGAUUGUUUUGCUCAAAAUCUGCACGAUAUGUCCGUGUUGAAGCAUAUUUGGGGUGAUGUCGAGAGACAUUUUUUGGCUUCAACGUCAUGUAGUGGUUUAUCUUUUCCAGGUCUCACUACAGUAAACCAGAGCCAAAUAUCGAUUCGCUCUAUUGUACCCAACAUGGCACAACUCUUCAGUUACACGGCCUGCAGACAGUUGUCUCAGAUGUUCCUGGCAGUAAUCUUUUUUCAUGGUUCUGAAUACAUUUUAGCAGUUGGCAUUCACGGGAGAUCAAACGUUACUCUUAAGUCUCUUCUGAUCAGCAAACACUAUCUUCUUGCCAUGGUUUUUUCCUUGCUGGAAUACUGUGUUGAAAUUAUUUUGUUCCCUGGUCUGAAGGAACACUGGUGGAUCAGCAACUUAGGCUUUGCAAUGGUCAUAAUAGGCGAAAUCAUACGGAAGAUGGCAAUAAUUACGGCUGGUCAGUCCUUCACACAUCUUAUAAGGACUCAUCCCUCAGAGCAUCACCGAUUGAUUACGAAUGGAAUUUAUAGAGUUGUUCGUCAUCCUGGUUACUGUGGUUUCUUCAUAUGGUCGGUGGGUACUCAGAUAAUGCUCUGUAAUCCCAUAUCAACAAUUGCAUUUGCACUUGUAGUUUGGCGCUUCUUUGCACAAAGGAUUCCGUAUGAAGAGUAUUUCUUGAGGCAGUUUUUUGGGUCGCAGUAUGAGGAAUAUGGCCGACGGAUUCCUUCCGGGGUGCCUUUUGUAAAGUGAAGAUCCUAAUCCUUGGGAUUCUGUAGGCAUGGACGAGUUUCUCUUGCCACACUUGAUCAAGAAUAGCGUCGUCGUGUUGAACUGAUAAAUGGGUUACAAGGGAGACGGAAUUGCUUCAUUGCCCACUGCAGCUUAGUUGUUGCUUGGAGGCUUGGAGCGGCUCGUAUUCGGUGAAACCAUCGGUGAGAGAAUGCAUCCAUCCCUGAUUCCUGUUGUACCAUUUAUUUACAGAAUGUAUCAACCAAUUUUAAGGCUUGAAUUCAGAGGAAACGGAAAAUUCCCGACUUUAGUAAUUUGUCUGUUUUUAAGCUAA